CGCGCUCUAUUUUCUAUGAUCUGUAUGUCAUAUGCUUAUUAUUCAGGUUAGCGAUGAAUCCUGUGCCAAAUGUAUGCAUAUGUUGACGAUAUCUGCUCUUCUUUGACGCUUGCGUAGCUGCUAGUGUUCAAGUGAGAAGUUACAAAGAGGCGGUAUUUUGAAACAACACACACAGACGAUUUAUUUGCCAAUAUCAGGCAGAUCGAGGACAUCACAUUCAAGAACGACAGGUCUGGAAUCACGUAUGUUAUGAAUCCCUGGGACCCCAUUACUUACACAGUGACACCUGCUGCUAAUAUUUUAGCCAUAUGUGUAACAUCAGGCACCAUGACACAGGAGGAGCUUGAUGCUCUCCCACGGGAUUCAGAAGUAUUUUCCUCGCAUUUACUUGAAGCUGAGCAGCUCAGCAGAAUUAGACAUGAUCUUGAUCAGACUAGUUUAGAUUUAGAACUGCUGAAGCUGGAAAGAGACGGUGCAGACGUCACUCACAGUCAUUACCUCAGUCAAAGGUUUGCUUCCUUGCAACAGUUCACUUCCCAUCUUCAGGAAGUGUUGCGAGAACAGACAAUCCUGCGAGAGAGACUCACAAAGCCACUGUGUCAGCAGAACCUGCCCAUUCAGGCUGAUCUUCACAGAUAUGUGGUAGAGCUCAUGGGGAUGGUGGUGGAGUUUAUUCAGAACCUGGAAAUGAAAAUUGAGAUUGUUCGAGCAAUUCCAAACACUGAUAGUUAUCUGAGUAAUCUGAACAAUGGCAGAACUCAACUGCUGGCUCAGGUCACUGAGGUUGAGAACCUGUACAAGCAAGUUCUUAAGCGACGAGGACAUUCACAGACCAACCUUAAAGACAUGUCUAGUUGA